AUGAUGGCUCUCUCUGGGCUGUUGCUGCUGGAGUUGCUGCUGUACGCCAGUUGCUUUAUCUGCGGGAUUAUCACCGCCGCGUCCCUCACCAUCUUCCAGGGUAAUUUUGGAGGUUUGUGCAUGCUCUACGGACUUGUGAACUUCAACGCCACAGCAAGCGCCCUCGCCAUUCAGGCGCCAAGCUCCGCCUCCCUGUGCUACUUCGUGUCGGCUAUAUCCGUCACGGUAGCCGUGGUGUGCUUCUCCCUAUCCCUGUACUGGUUGUACUCCGUGUGCGUGGAAGGCGACUUUAACAGGGAACGCGUCUGGAUGAACUUGGUGGUGUUCAUGUGCGGCGUCUUCCUCUUCUUCCUGCUCAUCUCGGGCUGCGUUCUGAAAAUCGGGCGAGAUACGCUUUGCGACUCGGUCAUGCGCAGCGUCUCCAACAUCAGCAGCUGCGAGGAGGCCCAGACGAAGAAAUGGGUUAGCCCAAUCAAAGGAGAGAUGUUCUACAGCAACCUACGAAAAGCAGAGACGGCCGCGUGGGUCAACUUCUUCUUCUGGCUGCUCAUCGGCUUGCUGGUCGUCAUUCAGAAGCGACAGCCUUCAGGGUCAAAGGUCCUCACGGGAGGUCUGAGCGGGCCGGUCGGCGGGCUCUUCGGGGACCCGGGGGUGACGGCCGCCGAGACGGAACCCUUUUUCAACCGUCCCGGAAGGCCUCAGUGA